CGAGGGGGCGGGAGCCCCCGGCCCCGUGCCAAUGGCUGCGGGGGGGUGGCUCUGCCUGGCCGUCUCGCUCGGUUACAGGAUGGAAAUUCCCGGCCUCCCCGGGGAGGGAGCUCGGGCUGAGCGCUCUGAAAGGCUCAUUUAUCGCCGCGCUGCCGCCCAGAGCGGGGACCCGGGCUCUGCUGCCGCCGGCCCCGGCGCAUCCCCGGCCCGCACGAUGCCCCGCGGCCCGGCUGCCGCCGCCGCCCCGCUGCUGCUGCUGCUGGCGCUGCUGCUGGCGGCGGCCCCGCCGCACGGCGGCUCCGAGAGCCCCAAGGGGAAGCAGAAGGCGCUCCGCCAGCGGGAGGUGGUGGACGUGUACAAUGGCAUGUGCUUGCAAGGCCCCAGCGGCGUUCCGGGACGGGAUGGAAACCCAGGAGCCAAUGGGAUCCCUGGGACACCUGGGAUCCCGGGCCGGGACGGGCUGAAGGGGGAGAAGGGCGAGUGCAUGCGCGAGAGCAUCGAGGAGUCCUGGACCCCCAACUUCAAGCAGUGCUCGUGGAGUGCGCUGAACUACGGCAUCGACCUCGGCAAGAUCGCGGAAUGCACGUUUACCAAGAUGCGCUCCAACAGCGCCCUCCGCGUGCUCUUCAGCGGCUCGCUCCGCCUCAAGUGCAGGAGCGCCUGCUGCCAGCGCUGGUACUUCACCUUCAACGGGGCAGAGUGUGCUGGCCCACUGCCCAUUGAAGCCAUCAUAUACCUAGAUCAAGGAAGCCCAGAGCUGAAUUCUACUAUUAACAUACACAGGACUUCCUCAGUGGAAGGCCUGUGUGAAGGGAUCAAUGCUGGCUUGGUGGAUAUUGCCAUCUGGGUUGGGACGUGCUCAGAUUAUCCACGGGGAGAUGCUUCUACUGGAUGGAAUUCAGUCUCCCGAAUCAUCAUUGAAGAACUGCCAAAAUAACUUCCCUCCCUUUUUAUAGUACCUUUUUUUUUUUUUUUUUUAAUUUUCUACUAUGUUUUUCAGAAUUUAUUUCAAUAGAGUUGGAUGCAAGUACUGGACUGAAAGGCACCAAAGCCUUGCAUCUGUAGCCUUUGUCUUGUUUUGCACAUGGCAGAGGCUUUUUAUAAUAAUCAUUUUAGAAUACAAAUAUCAAAACCAAGUUCAUUAACAUUUUAAAUUUCUUUUUUUGAUGUAAUACCACCACUGUUUUUAGAAUUAACCAUAACUUUUUGUAUCAAAUAAAUAAGACCUUUUACAAAAAAGAAA